AUGGCUUCAGCUGAAGCUUCUGCAGACGACCAUCAACGCGCUGUUCUUGAACGACAAUUGCAUGGUCUACCGAAUGAUGCAGACCAGCCAAAUUCCAAGCCAAACAUUAUCAUCUACGCGACAAGACUGGACAAAGUCAUUCUCAGCCUAAGCUCCAUCUGUGCCAUCAUUGCUGGUGCCUUGAAUCCUCUUGUUCCUGUUAUCUAUGGUCUUCUCGUCAGCGUAUUCAAUGGCUUCAGCAAUGGAUCAGUGGAAGCUUCUGAGCUUCGCUCCGAGAUUUCCACCUUUAGUCUCUACUAUGUCUACCUAAGUAUUGCUCUUUUCGUAUUCACUUACCUGGGCACCCUCGGUUUCUACUUCAGUGGCGACCGCAUCGCCAGAGCCUUACGUAUAGCCUACCUCGAGGCUGUCAUACGUCAAAACAUGGCCUUUUUCGAUGUUUUGCGCCCCGGAGAGAUCUCUACCCGUAUCAUGUCCGAUAUGGGUAUUCUUCAGGAAGCCAUCACCAGUAAAACAUCAAUCAUGCUCAGCGCCGUCGCCACUUUCUGUGCUGCUUUCAUCAUCUCCUUCAUCAUGUACUGGAAGACCGCUCUGAUAUUGAGCCCCUUUUUCGUUACCAUGCUUCUCAUGUUUUCUGUCGGUGGUUCAUAUAGUGUGAAGCAUCAGAAAGUGUCGAGACAAAAGUACGGUCAUGCGGCUGGCAUCCCGGAAGAAGCCUUUGGCGCUAUCAGGCAAGUAGCUGCUUUUGGGAUGCAGACUUUUGUGAAAGAAAAGUACUCCCAGGGCCUGAAGGAAGCGGCAGUAGCAGAACGAAAGGCACAGAUCAUCGUCGCUUGUCUGAUCGCCUCCAUGUGCGCCAUGCCGUGUCUCAUCUAUUCUCUUUCGUUCUGGACAGGGUCAAUCUUCUUGGUUAGGGGCGAGACGUCCGUGUCUGCCAUCACAUCGACUACACUAGCAGUGACGAUUGGUAUGUUUGCCAUCAUUCGCAUUGCUCCCUCCAUGCAAGCACUCGUUUCUGGUAUUGCUAUCUCUGGAUCUUUGUUCGAGACAAUUUCCAGAAGAUCUCCACAGGAUCCAUUGGGAGAUAAGGGAGAGAUUCCGGGAUCAUUAUCUGGAAACAUCCAAUUGAACAAUGUCGACCUUGUCUACCCUUCUAGAGACCAGGCAAAAGUACUGGACAAUGUCACUUUACAUUUCUCUGCCAACAAAACGACUGCCAUAGUCGGUCCAUCUGGAGGUGGAAAAAGUAGCAUCUUGGGUCUUGUUGAACGAUUCUAUGAACCUACCAGUGGCUCAGUUUCUGUGGACGGAAAUGACAUCCAGUCUCUUAAUCUGCGCUGGCUCCGGCAACAGAUUGGACUGGUCGAUCAAGACCCCGUUCUUCUUGAUACUUCCAUUUCCGAGAAUAUCUGGUACGGCUGUGCAGAUGCAAAUGACACAACACCUGAGAGCAAGCGCCUUGACUUGGUUAUCGAAGCAGCCAAGAAGGCGUAUGCUCACGACUUCAUCAUGGCUUCACCAAACGGGUAUCAGACCCGUGUUGGUGAGAAAGGGAUGCAGCUGUCGGGGGGUCAAAGACAACGAAUUGCAAUUGCUCGUGCACUCAUUCGGGACCCAAAGAUUCUUCUUCUGGAUGAAGCCACUUCUGCUCUCGACUCAGCAUCAGAAAAGGCCAUCCAGGCUGCUAUUGACAUUGCUUCCAAGCACCGUACCACAAUCAUCAUUGCUCAUAGACUGUCAACUAUCAGGAACGCCGACCUGAUUGUUGUGCUGAGCCGAGGUCAGAUUGCUGAUCAGGGCACUCACGAUGAACUCAUGGCUCGAAAUGGGUUGUAUGCAGACCUGAUCGAGAAGCAGCAGAUAAAAGAGGAGAGCCAGAAACAGGCUGGUGCUUCAAUCGGCCAGGACGAUGAUGUCGAUGUAAUGCUACCUGGAACACAGGGGGCUACUCAAGAAUCAGAGAAUGAGAAGGCUGGGACCACAGAGACAACAAGACUUGAAGGUACAACGAAUGAAGACACUGAUUUAUCUGUGCCCAACAGAAAAGGUGCUUUCUCGUUCCUGCUCGCCAUGAGUAAACCAGACUGGAAGGUUCUCACAAUCGGUCUCAUCUGCUCCCUCCUCGCAGGCUUAGAAAUUCCAGCGGAAUCCAUCUUCUUCGCCAAGCUGCUCACGAUUAUUGGCCUCCCUGAGAACAAGUACCCCCAACUCAGGAGAGAUGUAAACCUGUGGUCUGGCCUCUACGUGGCCCUUGCAGCGGCAGGAUUUGUAUUAUGGUUGGGUGUUGGAACAACUCUAGCAUAUGCUACACAGAAACUCUCGAAACGUGUCCGAGAAACAUGUUGUGACAAAAUCACUGUUCAAAGCAUGGAAUUCUUUGAUGAGGCCAAGAACUCUCCCAGUGCACUUUCCAAUGCCCUCUCAAAAGGCACUGACGACCUCGCCGGGAUGGGCGGCUCAGUCAUGGGCGGCAUUCUGACUUUUACAGCUACCAUUAUCGGUGGUAUUGCUGUCUCUCUCGCCGUCGGAUGGAAGUUGGCCCUGGUGUGUACAGCCACCAUCCCAGUCGUCGUGGCCUGCGGAUGGCUACGUCUCCAAGUCCUUGCUGCGUUUGACGCUCGCAUCAGGCAAAGCGGAGUGGACUCGGCUGCAUACGCCGGCCAGAUCGUGAGAUCAAUGAGGACUGUGGCUUCCUUGGGCCUGGAGAAGCGAGUACUUGGUAUGUACGGCGGGUUCCUAUCCAACCAUGCAGCCAAGUCUCUCCGAUCGAUACUCGUCACGUCUGCUCUAUAUGCUGCCUCGCAAUCUGUGGUCUACUUGUGUGCCGCGCUGGGUUUCUGGUAUGGUGGAACUCUGAUCGCCAAUGGAGAGUACUCUGCUUUUCAAGUCUACGUCUGUUUCGUCUGCCUUAUUUCAGGAUCACAAAUUGCUGGAUCCAUUUUCACUUUUGCCCCUGACGCUGGCAAGGCGAUGCACGCCGCUCAAGAACUUCAGAAGAUUGCGGAGCUUCCGGACGGCGAGAAGGAAACACAACAAUCCCAUGUCACUGAGCACACACACGAGAAGAAAGCAGUAGCAAACCAUCUUCUUGAUGGACCUGACCCUUGGCAGGUGACAUUCCAGGACGUCUCAUUUGCAUACCCCUCACGUCCUCACAAACCCGCUCUGAAUCACUUCACUGUCUCCGUUGAGCCAGGUAAAACACUUGCCCUGGUCGGUCAGAGUGGCAGUGGUAAGAGUACUUGUCUUGCUUUACUAGAGCGCUUCUACGCACUACAGCACGGGCAGAUUCUCGUUGACGGGCAAGACAUCCGCAGCCUCGAUCUGAACAGUUAUCGACUGGCGAUUUCACUGAUCAGUCAAGAAGCCGUCAUCUUCUCAAGUUCUAUGAGGGAAAAUAUUGCAGUUGGCGUUGUGGGACAAGAUGUCAAUGACGAUGAGAUUCUGGCCGCGUGUCGUCAAGCAAAUAUCCUCGACUUUGUCAAUUCCCUACCUGACGGACUCGCAUCACCAGUAGGAACAGGUGGUAGUAUGCUCAGCGGCGGCCAAAAACAACGCAUCGCCAUCGCCAGGGCAUUUUUACGAAAGUCUAAGCUACUCUUACUUGAUGAAGCUACAUCUGCAUUAGACAGUGAAUCCGAAGCAGUUGUGCAGACAGCCAUCGAAGCGGUCAAGAAGGACCGGACAACGAUCAUGGUAGCUCAUCGAUUGAGCACAGUUAUGAAUGCUGAUGUGAUAUGUGUCAUGCGUGAGGGAUCUGUAGCUGAGAUAGGUUCAAAGCCGUCAGUCAAUGGGAAUGGCGCGUCCCACGAGCUGCAGAUGGAAUAUUGGACUCGACAACUCGAGAGGAGCAACCCAGCCGAAUUUCUGUUUGACAAGCCACGACCAAGAGUACUCUCUACAAGCAACAUCAGUAGACAGGAGCUCAAGAUCACCGGCUCACUCUACGACCACCUUCAGCGGUUCUGCAAGGACCAUCAAGUGCCCCUCAUUUCCAUCCUGCUCGCCGCAUUUAGGGUAACUCACUACAGACUCAGUGGUACCGAAGACGCUACCAUUGGAACCAACAAGUCUGGAGCAAGCCUGGGUCCGGAAGAUGUUGAUACUAAGCAAUCCCCCAACACCCGACUAUCCUCGAGAGACUUGCAGUGCAUUCGAAUCAAAGUUCAAGACGAGCUCACAUUCGAACAAGUUGUACGAUUAGUCGAUGAGACUUUGAAGAAUGCACAUCUCAAUCAACAAAUCUCGUUCGAGGAUCUCGUCUCUCAGAUAUUUCCCCAAGGGUCAGAUCUGUCUCGACAUCCCCUGAUCCAGACGGCAUUUUCUUUGGACUCUGUACGUCCAAUUGAAGCCCCUGUUACAGCAAAUGGAGACACAGCUGAGAAACGCUCAAGCAACCUCCCCGUGUUGGAUCUUGAGUUCCGUCUAUCACAAGCUUCCGGAGGUCUCUAUGGACACGCCUUUUUCUGUCAGGACCUCUUCCAUGAAGAAACUAUUCGCGCCAUCAUCGAGGUUUUCUACGAGGUCUUGACUCGCGGAAUGGAGGAGCCCCAGACCCCUAUUGCCUCGUUGCGGAUAAGCGGAAAUAAUACCCCUGAGAUAAACACGACAUCUUCAGACUCUCGGUACUCUCGCGACUCGAGUAUCAUCGAAGUCUUUCAACGUCAAGUAACCGCGAUGCCUACUGCCAUGGCUGUUAAGGAUUCACUCCAGCAGAUGACAUACGACGAACUUGACAAAGCCUCCGGCAUUAUUGAGGUAUGGCUGAAAAACAAGGGACUUGCGCCAGAGACUCUUGUCGGUGUCUUGGCACCACGCUCUUGUCAGGCAGUUGCUGCCAUCCUGGGUAUUCUCAAGGCCAACCUGGCUUAUAUGCCUCUGGAUGUCAAGGCGCCAGCGUCUCGCAUUAACGCAAUUCUCUCAGCGGCUCCGGGUCAUAGACUAAUUCUUGUUGGUCCUGAUGUUGUAUUCCCGGAGUUACCACAAGCAGACGUUACACUUGUCUCGAUUCUGGAGAUCUUCGAAGCCCGACAGUCUGAGACUAUCGCGGAAGCGAAAAAACCCUCAGCAACAAGCCUGGCAUAUGUCAUGUUUACAUCGGGAUCGACUGGUCAACCCAAAGGUGUCAUGAUCGAGCACCGCGGCGUUGUACGUGCUGCUGCUGUUCUUUCACCAAUUUGGGGUACAUGUCCCGUGGCACAUAUAGCAAACAUUGCCUUCGACACGUCCACGUCCGAGAUAUACACUCCUCUGUUUAACGGCGGCACAAUCAUAUGCGUUGAUGACGUGGUUGCUGUCGACGCACCCCGUCUGGGAGAGCUCUUUCACAAAGAAAAAGUCGAAGUUGCGGUGUUGGCGCCGGCAUUAUUGAAGCAGUGUCUCUCCGCUUCUCCAUCAACCUUGGAAGCGUUGCGUAUACUAUUCACGGCUGGAGAUCGACUGGAUGCCCAAGAUGCGAGAAGAGUACUGGAUUUGGUUCGUGAAGGUGUCUUUAAUUCUUACGGGCCUACCGAGAACUCGGUUUUGAGCACCUUGUAUCAACUGAGAAAAGAAGACAACUGUGUCAACGGUGUUCCAAUCGGACGGCCUGUCGCAUACUCGGGCGCAUACGUCGUGGACCGCGAGUUGCGAUCAGUUGCACCAGGAGUGGUUGGAGAGCUCCUAGUUACUGGAGAUGGCGUUGCCCGCGGCUACACUGACCCAGCCCGGGACGAAGGUCGGUUUGUCAACAUUAUCCUCGUUGAAGGACACGAACCGGUGAGGGCAUACAGGACCGGAGACCGUGCUCGGUGUCGCCCUGUUGAUGGGCUGCUGGAAUUCUUCGGACGCCUAGACUACCAAGUCAAGAUCAGGGGCCACCGUGUCGAGCUACCGGAGGUGGAACAGGCCCUGAUGAUGGCAGAUGAGACUAUCAUAGAUGCUGUGACGGUUGUUCGUGAAGUUGGGGAAGAGAGUGAUCGAGAUGUCGAGCUUGUCAGUUUCGUCACAAUCUCCGAGAUGGAUGUGAGCGAGAGUAGCCACACAAAUGGAGAGACCUCAGGCGCAUUUGCUGCGGAAGAUAAAACGGAGCAGGGACAAGUCGACGCAUGGAAAGAACACUUUGACAAGUCAUCAUACGCUGACAUCGAAAGCCACAUCGAUACUGACAAGCUGGGAAGGGACUUUGUCGGGUGGACUUCGAUGUAUGAUGGGACGUCCAUCAACCUGAACGAGAUGAACGAAUGGUUGGACGAUACCAUGACAACACUUCUCGGUGGGGGGGAGCCUAGGAAUGUUCUCGAGAUCGGGACAGGAAGUGGCAUGAUCCUGUUCAACCUCCCCCGAUCUAUACAAAGCUACGUUGGUCUAGAACUAUCAGAGCAGGCGGCUGUUUUCGCGAAUAAAGCAGCCAAUACGAUUCCUGCUUUACGACAGAAAGUCGAUGUGCGUGUCGGCACAGUCACUGACCUUACCUCCAUCGAUCGCCCUCGCUUUAACAAUCCGGAUUUGGUCGUCAUCAACUCUACAGUCCAAUACUUCCCCGGACCAGAUUAUUUGCUCAAGGCGAUCGAGAAUCUCCUACAGUUGGGCAGUGUCGAAAGACUGUUUAUAGGUGACGUGCGGUCAUAUGCCCUAUAUCGAGAGUUCCAAGUCAGCAAAGCACUUCACGGUAUCAAAUCCCAUUCACGGGUAACCAGUUUCGAUUCUCUUCGACAGAGCAUGGCGGCUAUCGAGCGUGCGGAAGAGGAGUUACUUGUCGACCCGGCCUUCUUCACUGCUCUCAAGGAGAGACUACCGAAUCUAGUUGAACACGUCGAGAUUCUGCCCAAGCGUAUGGUGGCUACCAACGAGCUGAGCUGUUAUCGGUAUGCCGUUGUGAUACAUGGCAAACCUGUUUCUACAUCGGCCAACAAACUUCCGGUGCGAGAGCUUGGAGACGGCCAGUGGAUCGAUUUCGAGAAGAACCAGUUGACCCGCCAGUCGCUCCUUGAUAUGCUAGACGGUCGUGUUGAGACAAACUCUGACCCUGAGCUUGGCAUUAUUGCGAUCAGCAAUAUUCCAUUCAGCAAGAUCGUGUUUGAACGUGGUGUUCUUGGACACCAUGAUAAUGACAAUGGCUGCAAAAGCACAGACUCAGUAGACUGGCUCGAAGUUUGCCGCGUUUCUGCUACUACUUCGAUAGACACUGGCAACUCCCUCUCAGCUGUUGACCUACAUGAAAUCGCUAGUUCUACAGGAUACUUGAUCCAAAUCAGCUGCGCUCGACAGGCGUCACAAAAUGGUGGCAUUGAUGCUGUUUUCUACCGCGACCCUUCCCCUGAAAGAGUAUCUCGGGUUCGAUUCAACUUCCCGACCGACCACGAAGGACGGGACUGGAAGUCGUUCACGAACAACCCACUGCAACAACGACACUGGAGACAAGUUGAGGAGAAACUUCGGUCACAUCUCAAAGCACGUCUGCCAUCGUAUAUGGUACCCUCUGUGGUUCGGGUGCUGGAAGCUAUGCCCCUUAAUGACAACGGCAAAGUCGACCGUCGAGAAUUGACCAAGAAAGCACAGACUUUGGUGAUUUCGAAGCCGUUCUCUGGUAGUUCAUCAGCUUCCAAGUCCAGGGAUCCUCCACGGACUAGACUUGAAAGCGCAGUGUGUGAUGAAUUCGCAAGUGUCCUUGGCCUGAGCCAGGAUGAUGUUGGCAUUUCUGACGACUUUUAUCACUUGGGCGGACACUCACUCCAGGCUGCUAGACUGGUAUCACGGUUGAACCAGCGACUUGGCUGUCGACUAUAUGUGUCGGAUCUAGUUCGCUCACCGACACCAAUGGUACUUGGUUCGCUGAUAGCCAACUUGCCGACCAACAUCCCCAACGGCAAUGGAGUAAACGGCGACAAGAGUGAUGGGACAAAGGUAGGUAUCAACGGGCAGACCAACAACAACCUAGAGCCACCGAGAGGGUUCUCGGAACUGUACAGUCGACCCCAGUCCAAGUUCACCAUUGUCCUGAUCCAUGGCCUUUGGGGGCAGGGCAGUGUCUUCGCACCCAUGGUUCCUUUUCUUGAUCCUCUAUUCGACGUCCUGGUUCUCGAUGACCCCUUCUUUGGUCAAGCUCAAGGACCUGAGUCAAUUCAGCAAUGGGCCGAGAUCUAUCUGGACCAUGUGCAGGAGCGACUAGGCGACAGGUCUGGAAGCACUCUCAUAUUUGGAGGGUACUCCCUUGGUGGACUUAUUGCAUACGAGAUGGCUUCGCUUUGGCAUUCGAGACAUGACGAAUAUCCGGCUUUACUACUUCUUCUUGACGCAGCGAUGUAUGUGUCGUACGCAGGCAACGAUAAUGAGCUCGAGUAUGGUCUCACUCUGUUCGGAGAGGAGCAGAAACAGAUGGUUCACGAUCAUUACUCCAAGAUUUCACCAUUGACCAAACGAGAGCCGUCUACGAUCAAGCCAUAUCUCGGUUCUUGUUUUUGCUUGUUGACCCCUGAAUCUGAUGAUAAAGGGGCUGCGGCAUGGUGGUCCAAACGAUGCCCAAAUCUUCAAGUAGACUCGAUAGACUGUUCGCACCAUGACUUGAUUGGUAAAUCUUUGUUUUCACUCGUUACAAUGAAUUUCAAGCUACUCAUUUUGACCUUCACCCUCGGCGUCUUCGCUGCCGAGCCCUCUAUAUCACCAUUCUUCGCUUCCCGGUUCGGGAAACCCGACUCAAACAUCACCUUCACGGACACAAAUGGUACAUCUCAUACCCUCUACAACAAUGACUGGGAACCCAACUACGCCGCCAUCCAAGCCAGAUCCAACCUAGAGACGCGCUUCAAGACAGGCGGGUUUCUCGACAAAUGCAAGAACAUCCGGUACUAUCUCAGCAAGGCAGAUGACAACAACCCGCGCAAGAAUGGCUAUACCAACGGCUAUAAAAGCUCACCCUGGCUCGUGGCUGAGUGCCCUGACAAGAAGGGGAACUAUCUUUGUACUUGGCUUGAACUGGGCAAGUGCCUCGUCAACAUGGACGGAGAGCUGUACCAGGGUAAAAACGGAAACUUUCAUCAAUCUUGCACGCAAUGCAACAUCAGAGAAAACGGUCGCUGGUUCAACUGUGGCUGCUGGACCAAGUUACCCAAGGGCACCGUUCAGUGGGACGACAUCAAGAACCGUUUGAAGAGAACGACCAUUGACCUGAAUGUUGCCAUCGGAGCCCAAGACGGCUACUUGUACUGUCACGGAAACUGGGGAAUCAAGGACUUUUGCAGCGGAAGACCUUCGAAUGAUCCUUUCUCGAUCAAGUGCGAUGACAAAGGUAUGGAGCAGUAUUGCUGGCAGUAG